AUGUCUACAACGAAAAUGAACAGCACCGCCAAAUCGUGCCCUCUCACCGUCACCGUUCGCCGGAACCCUCCCCGGAGAGCUCGUGCUACUCCUUCACACGGAAUCACGCCGUUUCCCAAUGAAGAAAUUUUGUCUGAGCAGAUAUCAAAAUUUCCAGCAGCAACGUUAGAGGAUGAUGAGAUUCUGAAAAAUCCAUCAACAAUCGAGAGUGAGAAUCUGAUAAAUCCACCAACAUCAGAGACCGAGAAUCUGAUAAUUCCAUUGGAGAAUGAGAAUCUGAAAGUGUUUCUCAGAAUCCGUCCAUCUCAACCUCCAAAUCAAGCUCCGCGCGUGAAAACCAAAGCCGCGUGGCCGAAAACUCAAACGAAGAAUGUAACUAACAAUUCGAAGAAGAAAAGCUCCUCUUCGUGUAUAUCCAUUAACGAUUCACAGUCAGUGACGUUAUUAGUUCCAUCGGAUUUGCAAGACGCGAAGAGAGUGAAAUCGGAAACAUACGGUGGUUUUACUCACGUGUUUCCUUCCAAUUCAUCUCAGUUGGAAGUUUACGAGAGAAUGGUGAAACCUAUGGUGGAUGAGUUUACCAAGGGUAAAAGUGGAAUGUUGGCUGCUUUAGGUCCCAGUGGGUCUGGGAAGACUCACACGGUUUUCGGAACCCCGAGGGAUCCUGGAAUGGUGCCUCUUGUCCUGCGACAUAUUUUCAAGGAGACUGAGGCUUCUAGAUCCUAUUACAUAGCUAUAUUUGAGAUAUAUACUGAACGGGGAAAAUCAGAAAAACUGUUUGAUUUAUUACCAGAUGGCAGUGAACUAAGUAUGCAGCAAUCCACCAUAAAAGGCCAGAAAGAGGUUCUCAUCUCUAAUGCUGAACAGGCAGAAUCUUUGAUAGCACAAGCUGUGAUAAAACGUGCAACUGCAAUGACAAAUACCAACAGUCAGUCGAGCCGGUCACAGUGCAUCAUGAACAUUCGCGAUGUUCCUAAAAAAGGUAAAGGAGUGGCCAAUUCUAAGUCAAACAAUGCUGUUUUGACUAUCAUUGACCUUGCUGGAGCUGAAAGAGAAAAAAGAACAGGAAAUCAGGGGACAAGAUUGGUUGAAAGCAAUUUUAUCAACAACACGUUGAUGGUGUUUGGCUUAUGUUUAAGAUCUUUAUUGGAGCACCAAAAAAAUCCCAAGAAACAAUUGCAGAAGCACUUCCAAAAUUCUAUGUUAACAAGGUAUCUGCGGGAUUAUUUGGAGGGCAAGAAGCGCAUGACCUUGCUUUUAACAGCAAAGUCAGGAGAGGAUGAUUAUCUCGAUACUUCCCACCUACUUAGACAAGCUUCUCCUUACAUGCAAAUCAAGUAUAAUGAAGUUGAACCAUCAAUAAAUAUGGUUCCCAAAAAAAGGAAUCACCAAGCUUCUUCCAUAAUUGAUAGUGCAAAACAAUCACCUUCAUUAGAUCAUUUAAAGAGAAUGAAAUUCGUUGGUGAACACACUGUGCAGAAGGCUGAAAAAGGCGUUGAAGAAUGUAACACUUUGAAGAAAGAUACUUCAACAGUGUCUAAAUUCGAUGCUAGCAGUACUGACCCUGAAAAGGGUGUUGAAGAAUGUAACACUUCGAAAAAAGAUACUUCAACAGUGUCUAAAUUCGAUGCUAGCAGUACUGACCCUGAAAAGGGUGUCGAAGAAUGUAACACUUCGAAGAAAGAUACUUCAACAGUGUCUAAAUUCGAUGCUAGCAGUUCUGUCCCUUUGAAGUCAGAGUGCGAUAGCCAUGUCGGAAGCGAGAGAAGUCACAUUAUAAUGACAAAUUUUGCAAGAGUUAUAUGGAAUGUAUUGAAGCAAUACAAUUCCAAAUUUAAGGUUGCGGAAAGGGAAAUACUCAGUCUCAAAGAAAGCAUAGGAUAUGAAAAGAAAAGAAAUCUAGAGUUACAAACGCAGCUGAAUGCCUUCAGGGCUGCCUGUACUUGUUGCAAAGGAGGAAAUGAAAAAACCAAUAUUGAAGAUGGUUCAUUAGUUGAUCUUGAUCACUUGCAUGAUUUGGACCAACAGGAAACCUUUGAGGCAGAGUCAUCAUCUGAGCCUAGAAUUGACCUGUCAGAUGAAGAGCGUAUACUGGGUACUACUAGUACAAAGUUAGAUUCUAAAAAAUCAGAAAGGAAAGUUUCAGUCUCCCUGUCAAAGUCAGGGCAUCGUAAUGCUUUGGAGGCCGAUGAUGAGAGCAAGGAUACAUUUCAUGCACAACCUUCUUCUGAGCCUAUACUUAAUGUGUCCAAUGAAGAGACUAUUGUUUUUUCUGAGCCUAUACUUAAUGUGUUCAAUGAAGAGCCUAUUGUUUCUUCCCACACACAGUUAGAUUCUGAAAAAUCAGAUAGGGAAGUCUCUGUUUCAUGGUCCAUGCCUGAGUGUCAUAAUGAUUUGGAAGUAGAUGCUAUGUGCAUGAUAUCUAGCGAAUUUAAUGUGGAGUCAUCAUCUGAGCUGAGACUUGAUCAGUCAGAUGCCGAGCUUAAGCUUUGUUCUACAUGUUCAGAGCUGGAUUAUGAAAAAUCAGACAGGAAACUCUCCGUCUCAUUGUCAAAGUCAGGGCAUCAUAAUGCUUUGGAGGUUGAUGCUAUGGACAAGAUGCCUUGUGAAAUAUUUAAUUCAGAGUCAUCACCUGAGCCGCCUAAUGAAGAACAUAUGCUUGGUUCUACCUGCACGGUGUUGGAACCUGAAAAUUCAGAUAGGGAAGUCUCAGGAUCAUUAUCAAACUCAGGAAUUCACGAGGCUUUUGAAGUUAAUGCUGUGAGGACCGUACCUAAUGAAAUGUUGAAUGCAGAGUCACCAUCUAAGCCUAGAAUUGACCAGUUGGGUGAAGAACAUACGCUUGAUUCUACCUGUACGAAGUUAGAUUCUGAAAUACCAGAUAGGGAAGUCACAGUCUCUUCAUCAAAGCCUGGGCAUGAUAAUUCUUUGGAGGUUGACGUUGAAACAUUAAAUGCCGAGUCACCAUCUAACCCUAGAAUUGACCAGUUGGAUGAAGAACAUAUGCUUGAUUCUACCUGUACGAAGUUAAACUCUGAAAUACCAGAUAGGGAAGUCUCAGUCUCUUCACCAAAGCAUGGGCAUCAUGAUUCUUUGGGGGUUGAUGCUGAAACUUUAAAUGCAGAGUCACCAUCUAAGCCUAGAAUUGACCAGUUUGGUGAAGAACAUAUGCUUGGUUCUACUUGUACGAAGUUAGACUCUGAAAUACUAGAUAGGGAAGUCACAGUCUCUUCACCAAAGCCUGAGCAUGAUAAUUCUUUGGAGGUUGACGCUGAAACUUUAAAUGCAGAGUCACCAUCUAAGCCUAGAAUUGACCAGUUCGGUGAAGAACAUAUGCUUGGUUCUACCUGUACGAAGUUAGACUCUGAAAUACUAGAUAGGGAAGUUACAGUCUCUUCACCAAAGCCUGAGCAUGAUAAUUCUUUGGAGGUUGAUGCUGAAACAUUUCAACCACAGACAUCAUCUGAGCCUAUGACUGGUCCUGGCAGACAGUUAGAUACAGAUAAAUCAAAUAGUUUAGUCUUGGAUAUUUCGGGCUCCUCGUCAAAACCAGGGGAUCAAAAGGAUUUGGUAGUUGAAACUAAGAGCAAGAUACCGAGUGAAUUGUUAGAUUCUUCGCUAUCAACAAGAAAUGACAAUUUGGAUCCUUCAUUGCCUAAAGAUGUCUCAUCUACUAAAACCCAGAGUGAUAAAGGAGUCAAAAACUCUGCCAGCAAGCCUCCUAGGUCGAAAAGGACACUUAUGCCUUCCUCAUCCUUGUUAUCAAGAAACUUGAGCACCUUUGAUCUUUUUGACGAAUCCGAGAAAUCAAAGGAGAACAGGGGCACAAGGAAGUUAGGUGCACGCGAUGAUCCUAAAAGAUCAAAUGGAAGUAUUUCUCUGCUCCACAUGCUCCAAGGUAGAAAAGGAAAUAUUCGUCACUAG